AUGCAACCGCGAAUCGACGACAGCUCACCGUCAGCGGCGGCAAGGACACUGACAUCCUCGUCGAGCAGGAGCAGCUGGGCGGAGAACGAAGGAUCCGCAUCCGGCAGCGACUCGCUGCUGACGUCGUCGACAGCUUCGCUGCUGCCGCCGCAGGAUAAUAAUAGGAGGUUGGGUCCAGGUCCUGGAUUGCUGAUUUUUCCCGGCACCGGUCAAAGACAUCAGCAUAAUCCAAAUGGCAGCACGGGCAGCAAAACAAUUGCAAAAGCUAAUGACGGGAACGCGGCCAUUAAUCAGCCAGGACCCGCCAGGAGCAUUCGCUCCUUUCGUCGUCCUCCACUGUGGCAGCCACCGCCACAGGAUCACGCGCAGGAUGGGCAGGAAAUGGAGGUCCUGGAUCGGCAAAAGCGAAAGGAUUGCCGUCCUGCCUGUUUGGUUAAAGGGCAGGCCUUCAUAAUCGAGUUCCUGCAGGGCUCCUCCAUACACGGAUUCAUUUAUUUGGCCAAGCUCGGCCUGAGUUUCGUCGAACGCGUUCUCUGGCUGGCGUUCAUCUGCGUGGCAUUGUUCAGUAUCAUUUCGCUGAGCAAACGCACUUGGCAUCGCUUUCAGACCUCGCCAAUGGUUAUAUCCAUGGAUCGGAAUAAGCUGGUCUGGAACACCAGCUUUCCAUCGCUCACAGUCUGUCCGCAUAAGCGGAUCGAUGAGUUGAAAGUGGAGGAGUACAUACUCGCCCAUCCCGACCAAUUCCUGUCCGAGGAGGAUCAAGAGGAUUUCCGCGAUUUUAUUGUGAAACUUGCCAGCCUCACUUACGACAACUUGGAGACACUGCCGCUGAACAAGUCGUAUGGAAUACCGAGCACCAAGUACUUGGAACUGCUCUACGAAUUGAAAUGGGCCUUCGAGCCGGAAAUCAGCAGCGGCGCCGCCGUCAAAAUGUUCAUCUACGAAACGCAAACGGAGUUUGGCAUUUGCCAUUCAGUCAACUCGAUGGUGGCGCGCUACAAUUCCUUCGACUACUGGCGUUCCGGCGACUGGAGUCUCAUGGACCACGGCGACCGGGUGACUGUUCAUCCGCUGGAUGGCGAGAUCUACGCGCAGAUUAUUAACCUAUCGACCGCCUACGAUGUUUACUUUCACGGUGCCGGCGAUGUUCCGAGUAUUUCGAAGCAAAGGUACACAUUCCCGGAAAGUGACUACACCACCGUGGAGCUCAUCGCCCUGGAGAUCUUUACGAAUGAGGAGGCGAGAGCUACGAAGCAGCGAAGCUGCCGCUUCAACUACGAGGCCGAGGAAAUGAUGACGGUGCCCAUCUACAGUUUUGGCCUCUGUCUCUCGGAGUGCAGGAUGUUCUUUGCUCUGCGGGUCUGCGGCUGCGUUCCGCACUUCUACAGGAACCGCUGUGGGUAUAAUCAUAUUUUCGGUACACAGAUGCGAAAUGGCCGGCGGUUGCCUGUUUGCGGACUGGAGGGCAUCGGAUGCCUGGUCAAAAUUAAACGCGAAAUAAUCUCAUUGAAAUCGGACAAAUACAAAAUCAAUUGCAACUGCUUGGCCAACUGUGAUGAUUCCAAUUUCUUUGUGCAAUCCUAUCGUUCGCGUGUCUGGUUUUUGGGAGCCAAUUUGCAGUGGGGUAUUUUGGAGCACCCAAAAAUGCAGCUACGGCGGGAAGUCCUUUUCUCCUUCGCAGAUGUUUUGGUUUACAUCGGCGGUCUUGUUGGAUUUUUCUUGGGCUGCAGCGCCUUAAGCUUUACGGAAAUUAUCUACUACUUUACGGCACGAUUUGUUCGACGCAUGUUUUUCGAUUAA